UAUAUGUAUGUUGUGAAGGGGUUGGUUCUACUAUGGUUAACAGCCGUAAUAGAAAAGUCAAGGUCACCUAAAUGUGACAUAAAAGAAUCAGGAAUAUGCCACAACACAAAACCAGUUCAAAUGAUUCUGCUCUUUGUAGCUUUCGUGCUUAUGUCGAUUGGGGCAGGUGGCAUAAGGCCGUGCUCAAUGGCAUUCGGGGCUGACCAAUUUGACAACCCUGAAAACCCGAACAGCGUUCGGAUAAUGGAGAGCUUUUUCAACUGGUAUUAUGCGUCUUUGGGUGUGUCGCUUAUGAUAGCACUCACGGUUAUAGUUUACAUACAGAAUGAGUUUGGAUGGGUGAUCGGUUUCGGAGUUCCUGUUGGUCUAAUGUUGUUGUCUGCAGUUAUGUUCUUUAUUGGAUCCAAACUAUAUGUGAAUGUUAAACCAAACAAGAGUUUGCUCACCGGUUUGGUACAAGUUUGGGUGGCGUAUUGGAACAAGAGGCACCUUCCUUUUCCACCGGACGACAACGACGAUUCUGCCCAUUAUUAUUAUAAUAACGAUCACUCCAAGCUUUUCGUCCCCACCCAAAAACUCAGGUUAUUAUUUAUAUCACAUGUUUUUAUUUCAAGAACGUACUAUUCAAUAUGCUUGUCAUCAGCAAAGAUCAACUCAGUUAGGUAUUUGAACAAAGCCUGCAUGUUAAUAAACCCUGAGAAAGAGGUAAAAGCAGAUGGUUCACCUUCAGAUACAUGGAGCCUAUGCAGUGUGAUGCAGGUUCAAGUGCUGAAAUCUCUUAUACAAUUGCUCCCGAUUUGGUCCACCGGAAUAAUGAUUGGAGUAACAAUAAGCCAACACUCAUUCCCGGUGCUCCAAGCCAAUACGCUGAACCGACGCCUCGCCGGAAACUUCAAGAUUCCGGCUGGCUCCUUUGGCAUCUUUGCAAUCCUUACCCUCACCAUUUGGGUCAUACUCUACGAUCGUGUAAUCGUCCCUCUUCUCUCCAAGCACACAAACAAUCCACGUGGCAUUAAGGUCAUAACCAGAAUUGGGAUUGGGAUUUUCAUUUCUUGCAUGGCCACUGCAACGGCUGCCCUUGUCGAGAGGGCCCGACGAGCAAAGGCUAUCCACCAAGGAUUGGAGGAAACUCCCAAUGCGGAGGUAUUCAUGUAG